GGGGCGGAACGAUGUCUCCUGCGGGAGAGCCAGGCAGCGGGCAGCGGGGAGAGGAUGGGCCGCAGUGAGGAGCUCAGCGACUUCCAGCGGGGCACCGUGGUCGGCUGUCACCUGUGUCAGAAGUCGGUGCGGGAGAUCUCGGCCCUGCUGAAGCUGCCCCGCUCCACCGUGAGCUCCGUCAUCCUCAAGUGGAAGCGCGGCGGCAUCACGACGGCUCUGCCCCGCAGCGGCCGCCCGCACAAGCUCCAGGAGCAGCAGCGCCAGGUGCUGGAGAGGGUGGCGCUGGAGAAGGGUCUGCCCUCGGUGGAGGCUCUCACCGCCGAGUUCCAGAGCGCCUCCGGGACCAGCGUGAGCUCCAGGACCGUCCGCAGGGAGCUCCGGGAGAUGGGCUUCCGUGGAAGGGUGUCCACGUACACGGCUAAAGGAGGGGAUAAGAAGCAGACACUCCUCAGCCCAGAGGAUGCCCAGGUGGACGUGUCUCGUCUCGACUUGCGUGUUGGACGUAUCAUCACAGUGCUGCAGCCUUCAGAGACUGAGAGUGUGUAUGUGAAGCAGGUUGACGUGGGAGAGGCGGCUCCCAGGACAGUGGUCAGUCAACUGGCUCAGCACAUACCAGCGGAUCAGUUGCAGAACCGCAUGACAGUCCUGCUUUGUAACCUGAGGCCAGCCGAAAUGAGGGGUGUGGUGUCCCAGGCGAUGGUCAUGUGCGCCUGCUCGCCAGACAAGGUCGAAAUCCUCGAUCCUCCAAGUGGAGCAGCACCAGGAGACAGAGUGACUUUCCAGGGCUUCCCAGGUGAACCAGAUAAGGAGUUGGAUCCCGAAAAGAACGUGUGGGAGCAGAUUCAACCAGACCUUCGCACGGAUGCCCAUUGUGUUGCAACGUACAGAGGAGCGGCCUUCAAAGUCGUCGGCAUGGGAGUUUGCAAAUCCCAAACCAUGAGCGAUAGUGAAAUCAAGUAAACUGUCAGCGCUGUUUGAAAUCGCUGCGUGCAAAUUCCUGCAAUCAAAAUGACAUGGAAAGACUUCCCCAAGGAUGGGAGACCCCAUAGCAACAUAUUAACACCCAAGGUUUUGGACUGACAUGUCCAACAAUAACAUAGGUGUUGUAUUUGAGUGUCCACAUGCUUUUGUUGUGAAAGCCCAGGAGAAUGAUGGUGACUGUUUAAUUGGCCUCUGAGGACAGAUAUGAACGUCACUGGUACAUUUUUUCCUGUUGUGAAAAUCUGUAGUUUUGAAUUUGGCCAAGGGAGGGCACUGCAGCAGCAAUGAUCAUGUACAGUAUGUGUGUGGAGACUUGAGAAGAUGCAGCACACAGCACACAGUCAUAUCCAACAUGGUCAGAAGACAAAGGGAAAUUCUACAGAAGAACCCCAUCGAGUUGGGAAAGAGUCUUUUUCUGAGUGGUGAUUUCCCUGAAGUGUGGAUGAAACUCAUCUGUGCAGUCCCAUUAGAAAAGGGAGACAUUUAACAGUUUUCUUUUCUUUUCAUGGUGAAGAAAGAGCUCAGAAGUCUAACCAACUGUAAAAUGCCAGCUCUUUGUUCUGUCCCGACAGCUGUGUGGGUUUUUCACAGUAUGAGUCUGACACUGGCACAUGAUGUUAACAAGUCAGCGUGUCAUGUGUCGGUACAAACAGCAAGUUUCAUCUGAAGGACGCUUUCUGUCUAAUCAGUGUUAUAACAGAGAUCUCCUCAUUGUUCCUGCUUUUGUUAAACUGAAGUCUGGAAACUGAAAGGCGACAGUCCUGAAAUGGAUGUGAAAGUGGAUGUUUAUUCACCCAGAAACUUCAGAAUCCAUCCUGCUAUUUCAAGCUCUGCUCUUAAGACGUUUUAGGAAGUUAGUUAAAGUUAUAUGUCCUACUUCAUGUAACAUGUUUCUGUUUGUUCAACCUCCAUUAGGAUCAGUUAUAAUCAGAGAUGUUCCAAUACCAGCAUUGGAAAUGCCUUCAAUACGGACCAAAAUGCCAGGUCGGGCAUCCGCUAGUACAUGCAUCUAUGAACUGAUCCGAUACCAUUUGUUUAAACUAUGUUUAUUUGUCUUACGCAAAUGAAACUACAGUUUUCGUUUCCCAGAAAUCACUUCUUCUUUGAUGCUUCAAAAUGGCAACAUUAAAUAAAACAAUUAAAACAGCAUUUGUUUUUGAGGGUGUAGCCCGAGUCUGAUCAUACGGCAGUGUUUUGCUUUUUGCUUGGGGGGGAGGGAGAAAACCAAGUCCAUGAAAUAACAUACUGCGUACAGAAAAAAUAAACACAGUUCUUCUUCCCUUAUUUUAAACGGAGAACUGAAAAACCACAUGUAGAGUAGAAUGGGGAUGUGAUUCAGGAAAUAAGUGGAACAGAUUGUCCGAUACAUGAUUUUUUGACGGGACUUGAGGGCUGAAAGUUACAGUAUCACGUUUUCCGUUAUAUAAUAACAAAAGUAAUAUACUUUAUUUUGUAUAUGUGCAUAUAUACAUAUAUAGUGCUUA